AUGGACAGCUCCAAGGUGACGGACCUGGACCAGGAGACGCCCAGCUACGAGGACUCCCGCAGCGAGGAGGUGUUCUUCGGCGCCCCCCCGGUCAUCCCCACCAGCUCCCAGUACGGGAUCACGGCGCUGGUGCAGCAGACGGGCUCCGGGGGCGUCAUGACGGCCAUGCUGCCCCAAGGGGUCACGGUCAACGUGACCGAGGGAGGCAUUGCCCUGGCCAAGGCCGAUGGCAGCGUCAAGAAGGAUGAUGGCACGACGGUGGUGGUGGUGGCCGGCACGCUGCUCAAGGAUGGGGAGGCCGCGGACCACCAGCCCCAGACGGUGGUGCAGCUGGCCGUGCCCUCACAGCAGCAACAGCAGCCGGACCAGGCGCAGCAGAACCAGCAGCAGCAAUCACAGCAGCAGCCACCGCAGCAGCAGCAGCAGCCUCCGCAAGGGCAGACCAGCCAGGCACAGUCCCACCCGGUGCCUGUGCCGCAGCAGUACCAAGUGCCACACACCACCCAGGCCUCCACCCCCAUGGUGCCAGCCUCCCAGGGUGCCGUGCCCCUCCAGCCCACCACCCACAUGGCGGGGGUGCCCACCACCCAGGGCCAGGCCCACCAGCCCCCCCCCCCACACUCCCAGCCAGCCCCCCUCCAGGGCCAGCUGCAGUCCCAGAUGAGCCAGGGCUACGCCCCCGGCACCCAGGCCCCGGGCCAAAUCCACCCCUCCCCCUCCCCCCAUACGCCCCCACAAGCCCAGCCCCUGCAGCCCCCACCCCUGCAGCAGGCCCCGCCCCAGCUGCAGCCCCAGGUCAGCCAGCCCAGCAUGGUGCAGCAGCCGGCAGUGAGUGCCAGUGGUGGGGUCAUGGUGCCCCCUGCCUCCCUCAGCCAGCCCCCCCAGCACCAGCCCCCCAUGACCUCCCAGAACCUGCCCCAGCAGCCACCUCAGCAGGCCCCUACCCAGCAGGGGCUCUCCGGCCAAAGUGUGCCUCAGUCUGGGGUGAUGGCCCAGCCCCUCCAGCCCGGGGUGAUGCCCACCCUUACUGGCCAGAGCCUGCCCAAGCCUGGGGUGCCACACCAGCCCACACCAGUAUUGAGUCAGCCCCAGACCACCCUUCCCCAGAAGCCUGUGGCCCAGCCCCAGCUCAGCCAGCCCCUGCCCACCCAAACCCUGGCGGGGGCACAGCAGCUGCCUCCGCUGGCCACCUCACAGCAGCUGCCUGUCAGCCAGCAGGUGGGGGCCACCCUGGUGCCUGCCACAGCAGCCAUGGGGGCCACGCAGCAGAUGCCCACUGCCUCCUCUGCAGCCCCGGCUGUCAAGCCCGCGGGGCUGGUGCCUACCCCAGCCACCACGCCAGCCCAGCCCCAGACCCACCACAACAUGGGCGCUGCUACAGGAGCUGCGGCUGGGGCCCCCGAGCAAGCACAGUCCAGCCUGCCACAGCCCCAGAAGCCUCCCACCAACCUGGAGGGCAUCCCCCUCAGUGGCCAGCCCCAGGAGGAGGGCGCCACCAACGCCACGCCCCCUGCCCAGCAGGAUGAUGAGAGGUGA